AUGGGGCUUCCAAUGAGUCAUCUGCUGGUUGCCAUAUGUGUAUGGGUGGCCUUGGGCUGGGGCAGGGGUUCGGAUCCUGACCUGGGCCCUGCUGAGCUGGAGCAGAACCAUUACCUGGCCCAGCUGUUUGGCCUGUAUGGGGAGAAUGGCACACUGUCUGCAGGGGGCCUCGCGAGGCUUCUCCACAGUCUGGGGCUAGGCCGAGUUCAGGGGCUGCGCCUGGGACACCACGGGCCUCCUGCUGGCCGGGCUGCACUCCCAGCUGGAGACAAUGCCACACACAGGCCGCAGGACGUUGAAUUGAAUGUGGAUGUCUGGGCAGAGCUGCCUCUGGGUCCCUCAGGGUGGGGUGACCUUGAGGAGCCAAAGGCCUCCCCACCACCCCAUGGGCCAGCCCCGUCAGGCCUGGACCUCUUUCACAGGCUGCUGCUGCUGGACCAUUCACUGGCUGACCAUCUGAAUGAGGAUUGUCUGAAUGGAUCCCAGCUGCUGGUCAAUUUUGGCCUGAGUCCUGCUGCUCCUCUUACUCCUCGUCAGUUUGCUCUGCUGUGCCCAGCCCUGCUUUAUCAGAUCGACAGCCGUGUCUGCCUCCAAGCCCCAGUUCCAGCCCCUCCAGGGGAUCUACUGUCUGCCCUGGUUCAUAGCACCCUGGCAGUCCUGGUGCUCAGCCUCCCGGCCCCCCUCUCCCUGCUUCUGCUGCGGCUCCUUGGAUCUCGUCUAUUGCGGCCCCUGCUGGGCUUCCUGGGGGCCGUGGCUGUGGGCACACUUUGUGGGGAUGCGCUGCUACACCUGCUGCCACAUGCACAAGGAGGGCACCAUGCCGGACCUAGUGGGCGGCCAGAGGAAGACCUGGGUCCAGGGCUGUCCGUGCUCGGCGGUCUCUUCCUGCUCUUCUUGCUGGAGAACGUGCUAGGGAUUUUGCGGCACCAAGGGCUAAGGCCAAGAUGCUGCAGGCGAAAGAGAAAGGAUCUCAGAACCCCAAACCUGGACCCAGAGGACGGCAGCGGGAUGGCACUUCAGCCCCUACCGGCAGCUCCAGAGCCAGGGACUCUGGGCUGCAGGGAGCAGGCCAGCCAGCCCCCAUCAGCCCCAGCCCCUUCUGGGCACCAAGGCCACAGUCAUGGGCACCAGAGUGGCAGUGACACUGGUAUAACAUGGAUGGUCCUCCUGGGAGACGGUCUGCACAACCUCACGGAUGGGCUGGCCAUAGGUGCCGCCUUCUCUGAUGGCUUCUCCAGUGGCCUCAGCACCACUCUAGCCGUGUUCUGCCACGAGCUGCCCCAUGAACUGGGUGACUUUGCAAUGCUGCUCCGGGCAGGGCUGCCAUUUCGGCGGUUGCUGCUGCUGAGCCUGGUGUCUGGAGCUCUAGGGCUGGCGGGUGCCGCCCUAGGAGUGGGGCUCAGUUUGGGCCCUGUCCCCCUCACUCCCUGGGUGUUUGGGGUCACCGCUGGGGUCUUCCUCUAUGUGGCCCUCGUGGACAUGCUACCAGCCCUGCUGCGUCCUCCUGAGCCCCUCCCUACACUUGAGGUGCUACUGCAGGGGCUGGGGCUGCUCCUGGGGGGCAGCCUCAUGCUCACCAUAGCCCUACUGGAGGAGCAGCUACGGCCCCUGGUCUCUGAUGGCUGA